GGCGCAAACAGUGCCAUGGUCCAUGUAGUUUAUUUUCGUUUGGCUCACGGGUGUGGUGGUUGAGUUAAGAAUUUUGCAGCAGAAUGGAGAAUUUUAAAUUUAAUUUAGUAGCAAAUUUUGAGUUAAACAUCUAAUUACAUAUCAGUGUUAUAAAACAUUAUAAAUAUGAAAAGUUAUCCUGAGAAGAAUUUGGAUUGUUCAUAACAGAAAACAGCCAGCUUCAUAAUCUUGUUAGAAACUUUUAUACGAUGCAGACAGACGGCAGAGUUAGGAAAUUUUAUAUGUGGUGAUCAUCCGGUGAACAAAAAUAAAAGUGUUAGGGGACCGACACACACUCCAGUCGAAUAAUUUACUACCCAUCAAGUCAAUAGGACGUGAUCUGCAAGUUCGAUUUGGCUACAAAAGAUAAAAACUGACCCUGCAGUUACCCGCGAGUCCAAGAUGGAGGAGAACGUCAUCAGUAUGUUUAUGGAUGUGAAGCUCGAUAUUCGCGAACGGAAGCUGGAGUAUUCUCACCUCAAGUCCUGGACGCGGUAUUUCGUCCGUGUGGAAGCGGUAAAAUGCUUUCCGUGCUACAUUAAAAUCUCAUUCUUCAAAUCACAUACCGACGAAAGUACCGAUCUGAUCGUACGCAUCAAUAUUCCCGGUCUGACCGUUCAAAUGGCCACAUCACGUACGCGAGCCCAUUCGUAUGGACUGUUUUGGAAGAACAAUCGCAAAAGGUGCUGCGCGUACUUUGCGCUACCGUCGCAGUUAUUGUGUGAACGUCAUCUACGUUGGAUGAAGAAAUCGAUCCGGAACCUCGAGCUGUACCGUCAGGAGAUCCUGCAGCUGCGGCGGGCCAGCCGAACGCCGAUUCACGAGAUCCGGAACGAAAUACAGCCAAGCACCUCUAAUAACGACAUGGGGCUUUAUCAGAAUCUCGAUUUCACACAAAACAUGGCUGAUGUGCACGAUAUACUUGGACCAUUGCCGAAUCUUCCCGACCAGUCGCAAGUCAGCAUGGCCCGAAGAAUAUCUGGUAUUUCUGGCAUUUAUGAGGAAAUUCUCGACCCCAAUAAACCGAUUGCGGCACUUUCUAAUGGAUCUCGCUUGUCACGUGCUUCGAUCGCAUCCGGUAUUUAUGAGGAAAUGAAACUUGCAGAUAUUAAGGAGCAAGCUGAGAGAAGCUUUGGGACAAUGGCAGAAGCUGACGAUGUUAUUGCACCUCCUCCACUGCCACCCCGCCCAAGAUCCCACACCAAUGAUUUCGAAUUGCAGCGAUCGUUCACCACGCCAGAAUCCGAUUAUUUAAAAAAGAAGAAACACUGGCUACUAUUCGAAUCGAUGUUCGGCCGACGGAGAACAAACAGUGGAUCUGCCAGCACCGGUGGUGAUGAUCAUAAACAGCCAAAAGCAGACAACGUUUCUACCAAGAAAACAGCGACAUCAGAACCGAACCAGAAAGUUGUAUACCGUGAUAAAGUAGCUCACUUACGAUUUGCGGAAAAUAAGCGAAACAGCUUCUCGAGCCCGGAUCUUAGUGCACUGAAGGUGGAUGGAAUUAGUGGCAAUGGCUCAACAGAUAAUAUCUCUAAUGGGGGAUCAUGCAGCUCGGAGUUCUACGUUUUACAAGAAGGCGACUUCAUUGAAGAGAAUUGCCUUGCAUCAUCUGAAUCUUUGAAUGUAUCGAAAUGUUCGUCGAUUGAAGAAUCACUAGCUAAUUUAAUGAUUGCAGAUGAGGAAAGAGACAGACAAGGAAUGAAUGUGUCGGAAAAUAUCAUUGAUAAUUUUAACAUUUUAAGCAAUACAUCGACGGUUAAUCUGGCAGGAUGGAACUGCGUGAUGUCAGUGAAGGAAAACCCUCCUGCUAUAGGAAAUCCUGAAGGUUACUGCGAAAUGGGAGCCCCAGGAACCGGCUUCGAUCGUCAAAAGUUGCAAUGUGUAGAACUGAGAACUAGAAGUGCAAGUGAAACAUGCAAUGACGAAUCUAUCUACAUGAAUAUGGAUGGCGGAGGAACAGUGAAGGAAGAUGCAAGUCGCUCUAGCUCGACCUCGAGCGGAGUAAGUAGCAUUUACAGCAACAGAAGUAGUGUCUGCAGCAGUUCGAACAAGCACAGGAAUUCGAUAGACGACAAAAUUGCUUCAUAUUAUCCUAACGAAGAUUUUCGGUCGCCCAAGAAAACUGAGCCCGCCUAUACGCCAACUGUAAGUCCUAAUUCUAGGGAAGGAAGCGUUAAGAGAACAAAUUCAAAACGUUCGGAAAAUCAUCAUACAACCUCACCUAAAACUACCCACCGCAAAGCAUCUCCACAGAACAUAUCUACAAUCCCGCGAAUGAGCAAAUCUGGUCAGAAACCAUCGUGUAGCAAGUCCCGUGUAAAUACCAGAAGUGUCAGUUCUGAACGAGGUCAUUCAUCGCACCCGAUAAUAAUGAUAACAGACGGAUCUCCUACGAAGAACAGUGAGAACAAUCCUCCCGAGACGAUCCCGCGACUCUAUAAAAAGUAUGCAACUGUUGCACGUGGUGUUUCAAUUUCUCCCAGUAAAUAUCAGGAGAAAAAUUCCUCCCGGAAAGGUGGAGAGCCCCAGCCAGCCGGAAAUGGCAAGCGUUUCGGUUCGUUACCACGAUUCGCAAAAAUUGAUCUAUCGCCAUUGCGACUGAAAAUUAACAGCGUUCUUCAGCGCCACAAUCAGGAAAAUUUAUGAAAAGUUAAUGGAUAUUGGAGACACUGGUCCCAUAACUAGCAUGAUCUCACCACCUACAUGAUACAAACCACCGGCAAAAGCAGUGUAGAUGUUAUAGCUUUAGUCAAUUGAAUUUGCUGCAAUAUUAUAGAGCGUUUAACAAAAAAAAAUGCUCAACACAUUAAGCUAAGCUGCUUCACAAAUGUUACUAUUUAAUUGAUAUCCAAUUUUGGCUUCCAAAUUCCAAAAUGUUUUAGCUAAAUUUAUUGCUACCUUGAAGUUUACGUGUUAUUAUAGUAGUGUUGUAUUAGUUGCAUUGGUAUUGUUUAAAAAUUGAAAACUAUCGUAAACUUAAGAUAUUUAAAGCUUAGCUUUCAGCCCAUAAUAUAGUUUAUGUUGAGCUUAAAUGCAAUUAGCAAAUUGUCCAUCUUUUAGACGUGAAUGCACGGGUGAAACAUUAAACUGCACAACCAAAAGGAAACAAUUUCUGUGAUCUGAGCAAAAACGGUACAACUUUUCAUCUGUCCUAUCAUCAGCGACAGCUAAACGCAACAAAGAAUCAUCCCAGGAAUCUCGAACUCGAAGAAUUGCCUUUUGAUUAGAUCUGCACAGAAAUUACAUUUUUAGAUAGGUAUUAUAUUGUAAAACGAAACAGUAACCUUAUUGCAUAUCGGAAAACGAAAACAGAAACAGACAAGCUUUUUGAGACGGACGUGCUAUUGCUUUUAUCAGUGAUUUUACUGAAGCUAAAAUGUGAUUCUAAUAAACUGCGGCAUGUACAAAAA